UUGACAGCAGGGCAGACAGACAGCGGCGCGGUAGACGACGCAGCGCCUGCGAGACUAUUUUUAUUUUGAUUGUGAUUCAUUUAACGUGCAAACAUUGUUAGUUAAUUCUUCGUUAAUCGGUUGCUUGUCAAAACAGUGUUUACUAAACGCAACACAGUGAUUUAUGAUAGAUUAGUUCGGAAAUUGCCGAUUUUUGGUGCUAACCUCUUCCUUUUUUUUACUAGUGUUUUUGAGAGACUGCAAUCUGACUGUGAUCGAUAUGUGCAAGAUGUACUUCAGAUGACUCUGCAAGAUUAUCCAACCUCCUGUUGUUUUCCUCUGAUGUGGCGUCGCUGUUAGCGGCGGGAUGCAGGGGGGCGCAGCGCCCGCCGCCGACGCCGACCAGGCGCAGUUUGAGGCCGACAAACGCGCUGUUUACAAGCACCCCCUCUUCCCCCUCCUCGCGUUGCUGCUAGAGAGAUGCGAGCAAGCCACGGCGGGGGCGGAGCCCCCGGCCGCGGACGCCUUCGGUGCGGACCUGCAGGCCUUCGUGCAGCAUCAGAGGCGGGACAGGAGGCCGUUCUUGGUGGACGAUCCUGAGAUUGACGGCCUCAUGAUUAAGAGCAUACAGGUCCUCAGGAUCCACCUUCUGGAGCUGGAGAAAGUGCAGGAGCUGUGCCGGGACUUCUGCGGCCGGUACAUAGCCUGUCUCAAAACCAAAAUGCAGAGUGAAAACCUGCUGAGAACUGACUAUUCAAGCGGCGCUGGUCUCGAGAGCAACAACAACUUGGCCGGCUCCAUCGACGAGCACUCCAGCACUUCCAACUCGCCACAAUAUCAGUCUCCCCCGGCGCCCCCCGCGCCGCCCGCGUUCCCCCCCGCCGCGUUCCCGCACGCCGAGCUCGCGUACCCCCCGCCGCACAGAGAUACAACUCCACUAGUUGUCCAAGGUUCAACUCCGAUUAGUCAAAUUGGCGCUGGACUUCUAGCAACGGAUUCUUUUACAGGAACGAAUUCGAACAACUCGUGUUCAUCCGUUUCCGGUUCCCCCCCGCCCGAGGACGACGAGGAGGGCGGCAAGCGGGGGGUGCUGCCGAGGCACGCCACGCAGAUCAUGAGAGCUUGGCUGUUCCAACAUUUAGUUCAUCCGUAUCCGACGGAAGAGGAGAAGCGAACGUUGGCUGCGCAGACGCGGCUCACUUUGCUGCAAGUCAACAAUUGGUUCAUAAACGCGCGCAGGCGAAUACUACAACCGAUGUUGGAUUGCUCAGAUAAACCUGUCGGAAAGAAAAGUAAAAAUGGAUCCUCAAUAAACAAGAGAUAUUGGCCGGACGCUCUCUCCAACCCACAGUUUACAGCUGGACUGCUUUCAUCAUCAGAAGACGAGGAGCAAGAUGCCGAGCAUUCCGGAGACGAGAACGAACAUACAGAUGAACAGACAGACGCCAACUAUUCCAUUCAGAGUAUGCAUUAAACGGUAAAUGUGAUUGAAAACAAACAAAAAAAAACGAAAUAUUUCGCUUAAUAUCUAAUCAUAAUUUAUGAAAUAUGAACAGUUGAGUGUUUUAAAAAUAUAAAAAAUAUAUAUAUACAGUUUAAAGAGAUCUUGAUGUAUACAAACAUAUAACCCAUUAUUUGUAUGGAAAAUAAUUAGAUUUAUUUUUAGUAAGUAGUAUCGGAAAAGAGAAUAGGACCACUCCAUCUCUUUCCCAUGGUUGUCGUAAAAGGCGACUAAGGGAUAGGCUUACAAAGUUGGGAUUCUUUUUUAGGCGAUGGACCAGCAACCUGUCACUUUUUGAAUCUCAAUUCUAUCAUUUAGCCAAAUAGCUGAACGUGGCCUAUCAGUCUUUUCAAGACUAUUGGCUCUGUCUACCCCGCAAGGGAUAUAGACGUGACCAUAUGUAUGUAUGUAGUAUCGGAUUCAUUUAAAAGUCAAAAUAUUGCUCGCUCACACGAUCUCGCAUCUAAUUACUACGUUACCUAUAAAAUAAGGCACAAGCAAUAUAUACAUUAUAAAUAAGCAUAUUUUUUUUAAAAUUAUCAUUCAGAUAAUAUACUAUCAAAUAAAAUAUGGUCUGUUUAAAAAAAUUAAUGUAAUAAAAAAAAUAAGAUUGAUAAAAAAUACGAUAAGAGUAUACGACUUAAAAAGAAAAGGGUAUACGAUUUAAUUUAAUGUAAUCUAUUAUUUGAACAAACUAAAACACUCAACUGCACAUAUUUGUCUCAUAAAAAAAAAGAAAUAACGUCAAAUCUCUAAAUUUAAUUAAAUUUGUAGUUGGCUGAGGUCUAACGAAUAUUGUAAUCGAAAAAAAUAUUUUAUGUAAAAUUAAAAAAAAUAAAAAAUAUUUUUUUCAAUUAUUAUAAAUUAUACAAAAAAUAUUCCGCUUUGUCAACUAUAUUAACCCAGUUUUACAAUAAAUAGAUUUACGGUCUUAAUUACAUUUGCGAAUGUAUAAGUGUAUAAAAGUAUUAUUAAAGUAUUUCAUGACACGUGUCACCUUUUUUUAAAUACGAAAAGACAUAUUUAUCGGUAUACUAUUUAAUUAAGUCGUAAUAUAUACUAAAAUGACUGAAUAAUUGGUGGAAAAAAAAUAUUGUUUUUUUUUAUUACUUUUUUCAAUAAUUUUUUUUUUAGUAAAAAUUCAUCUUGUAAAUAAAAUGAUUUAUCGAUUUUGUUGAUAGUCGAUUGAUCGUUAACACGUCGACAAAUUGUGAAAAUGUUCGUUUGGAUAAAAUUUAAAUUCCUUCACUCAUUAUUCAGUCAGAUUGAACCGUGUAUACGUAAAAACAUACCUCACUAUUAAAAAUUUUAUUAAUCAUAUAAUUAAAGUAUCUUGAACGUAUUCUUUAAAAAUAAAAUUUACGAUUUAUUUUCAAAUGAAAUGUUUUGGAUAGUUGACAAAUUAGAUUAUUGUGAUUCGUUAAUAGCAGGCAAAUUUUAAAAUCGAGUAAAACUAAAACUAAAGUAAAACUUUUAGUAAUAAAAUCGGCAAAAAAAGUCUUUAGUUUUAUUAAGGAAAGUAUAAUUUAGUAAAACUUAUUUCAAUGACAGUAGACAGCUAAGUCAGCUAACCAAAAUAUUUCCCAAUCAGUAUUCACUUUGGCAAUAAGAAACAGCUCAUGAUUUUUUUUUGUAAUUUUAUUAUACACAGCUUAAAAAGCAUACUUUAUUAUAAUGUUUAGUUUUUGGGAAACUCGUUUAAGGUUUUUAACGGAGCGAGUUCGUCAAUUUAACGACCGGUUGUGAGUAAAAUAGUUUUUUUUUUAAUUUUCUUCAGCCGACUGAAAAAAAAGAAAUAGCAUAAGGAUAUUUUUUAACCACAAAAAAAAAAAAAAACUAUAAAAA